AUGCUUUUCAAUGUGGGAGACCUCUGCGGCGUCGCCAUCUCCAUCGUGAUUGUGGACCGCAUCGGAAGGGGUGGUAGCUUUGUCAUAGGCUUCUUCCUCCAGGGCAUGCUGCUUGCGAUCGUCGGAAUCUUGGAUGCUCGUGAACCGCAUCAGUACUAUUUUGCAGCGCUCUGUGGCAUGUUGGCUUCAUGUCGGUGCUUUGCGUGGGAGUCAGCGCAGAUGUGGACACUUGAGGCCUUCCCGACAGAUCUGAGAGCUAAGGCCUUUAGCACUGCUGCGGCCGUUAUGCAUUCGAUGUCGGCAUUAUCAUUCAAAGUAUCUGGGCAUCAAGUACAUCGCCUCACAGCUGCAAGCUGCCUGCUCUCCUUGGCUGCAAUGAAGAUCGCGGGCGGCUUCCUGAGCACGGGGUUGAUGCCCAAAGAGACAGCAAGGGAGCCGAUGACCGAGCGGCUGGCUAGUGGCGCAAGAGUCGUCAAACGUUCCUGA